AAGGAUCCACAUGGCCCGAAAUAACAUCGACUUGCCUCCUAUUUCAAAUCAAUUUCUCUCAACUUUUCACACUUUCAACUUAAAAUUCCAAAUUUGACCAUCAAAUUCCGCAGCAUUUUGAGAAUGGCAGCCGUUCCACAAACAUCAGCAAACCUUUCGGGGCUAAAAUCUUCUUGUGCUCAACUUGCACCCAGAAAACUCCGGCCAUUUCAGGUAAGAUGCAAGGGGGAUGCAAAACUGGAGGCACCCAAACAACUGUGUGUCACCCGAAGAGAUGCAUUGAUUUGUUUGACCACUUUGUCAGCGAGUGGGAUUGGUAUAUCAUCACCUAAAGUUGCUGAAGCACGUAUGACAAAGGAUGAAAUCCGGCGGAAAAUCAAAGAGAAGUUUGAGAUGUUGAGAGAAAAAGCUGGCCUCUCAAGGCGAAAAGAAAACGACAAGGAAAAGUCGCCUUCAACACCACCCUCCACGAAGAAGGAGAAGAGUCUUCCAUUAGAGCCACCUCCGUUGCCACUUCCAAAUCCUCCCCAAGGAUUUAAAAAAUCACUGGUAGAAGUAACUUUGUAAUAAUCACCAGUAACUGAAACAGAGCUGUAAAGUUUUCAAUCUAUGUGGCAACAUGGAUGCCUCUAGUUUGGCAAGUUUAUGCAGCUGUUUUCUAGAGUUUGCCUGUAUGGCUUAAAGCUGGUUCGCUCCCUUCUGUAAGGAAUUCUUUACUGUUACUCAUGAGAAAAAACCUUUUACUGUUUGUAA